UCAUUGUCUCAUGCUCGGUCUCCUAAGCCAAUGACCGUCCUUAAACCCCUUAACAAACGUCGUUUUCUUAAGACUGGCUUUGUGUAUGAUACUGCCAUGUCGUAUCAUGCUACACCAGACCCUAUGGAAAUUCAUCCUGAAGAUCCUCAUCGUAUUUUCAAAAUAUUCAAUAUCAUGGAGCGUGAAGGGCUCUUGAGAGAAUGCAAGCGUAUCAAGAGUCGUCGAGCUACAAAGCAAGAGAUAUUGCUGGUACAUAAUAUUGUUCAUUAUCGUAAACUAAGAGCCACUUCGGACUUGAAGAACAGAGCAGAAUACAUGGCUAUGGAACAUCAUUUUGAUUCUAUCUAUCUGAACAGUAACUCAUUUGAGAGUAGUCUGUAUGCUGUUGGUAGUUUAAUUGAGCUUUUAGAAGCUGUGAUUAAGAAUAAGAUCAAGAAUGCAUUUGCUAUUAUUCGACCUCCAGGUCAUCAUGCAGAAAUGGACAUGCCUAUGGGGUUUUGUCUGUUUAAUAAUGUGGCUAUUGCUACUCGAGAUGCCAUGAAAAGACUAGGUGUUAAAAAGACAUUGAUUGUGGAUUGGGAUGUACAUUUUGGUAAUGGUACUCAAUGUAUCUUUUCUGAAGAUCCAAAUGUGUUGUAUAUUUCACUUCAUCGAUUUGAAGAUGCUUCAUUUUAUCCUAGUGAUGAGAAAGGUGUUGCUAGUUAUACAGGCUAUGGUAAAGGUUUGGGCAAGACAGUCAAUAUACCUUGGCCUUGUGCUGGUAUGACAGAUGCAGAUUAUCUUUAUGCUUUUCAUCAAGUGGUGAUGCCUAUUUCUAUGGAAUUUAACCCUGAUGUUGUCAUUGUUUCUGCUGGAUUUGAUGCUGCUACAAAUGACCCUAUUGGUAAAUGUAAAGUGACACCUGCUGGUUAUGGCCAAAUGACCCAUAUGUUGAAGGGACUUGCAGAUGGAAAGGUUGUGAUUGCCUUAGAAGGUGGUUAUAAUCUCAACUCCAUUGCAGUCUCUGCUCUUGCUUGUAUGAAUGUCCUUUUGGGUGAUGCUCCAGAUACAAUUGAUCCUAAACUAGUACCUAAAAAAGAAUGUAUUGAUACCAUACAAGCUGUGAAAGAAGUCCAGAAAAAGUAUUGGAAAUCCAUCAAGUAAAUAACAAUAGAUGGUUUCAAAUAACAAAUAAAGAUUGCAC